AUGGCCCACUCCUCUUGCUGCAAGCCUACCUGCUGCAGGACCACCUGCUGCAAGACCACCUGCUGCCAGCCUUGCUGUCCCCCAACUUGCUGUGAAACUACCUGCUGCAAGACCACCUGCUGCAAACCAACCUGUGUGGUCAGCUGCUGUAGCACAUCCUGCUGUAAACCUGGCUGCUGUGAGCCUUGCUGCUGCCCCAGUUGCUGUGUCUUUCCCUGCUGCCAGCCCUGCUGCCCUCCUACUUGCUCUCAAACUACUUGCUGCAGGACCACUUGCUCCAAAAAAUCCCAUGUGACCCGCUGCUGUAGCACACCCUGCUGCCAGCCCUUCUGCUGUGUGUGCAGCUUCUGUCAGCCUUGCUGCCCAUGA